CCAGCUCCUCGACACAUGGCCUUAUAUGGUUGCGGACGUCACGCUUGCAAAGUCACGCCGUGCGAUACGGCACAUAUAGAAGGCCCGUGUAAAUAGGAGCAAGAGCCAUAGCAGCAGCAUGGCGUUUAGGAACCCUACCGUCGCUCUACGGUUUGCGCCAAGCCGAGCGCAGCCGCUGCUCGUCUUGUCAGCGCGUCAUCCACUGGGACGGGUACCGGCGAGGGUACCAACUAUCCAGCUGCAGCACUUUCCGGCGCCUUCAUCGUCACGGACACUCUUCACGAGGCGCGGAUCUCCAUCUCGGCUUCGCUCUGCUUUGACCACCACCGUGCUCGUCGUCGGCGGUGUCUUCUUCGCGGCCUACUACGUCGACUCGCGGUCAGCGAUCCACCGUUGGGUCACCAUUCCUUUUCUCAAAGCUACCACCGACCCUGAGACGGCUCAGAAGCUCGCAAUUCGCCUCUGUGCGAGCGGCAUAGCCCCAAGGGAUCUGAUUGAGGACGAUGAUGUGCUCAAGGCCGAAAUCUUUGGAAAGAAGCUUUCCAACCCUAUCGGACUCGCUGCUGGCUUUGACAAGCAAGCAGAAGCGAUCGAUGGCCUCUUGGACCUCGGCUUUGGCAUCGUGGAGAUCGGAAGCGUAACUCCAGAACCGCAGCCGGGAAAUCCACAGCCGCGCUAUUUUCGACUCGUCGCCGACAAUGCAGUUAUCAAUCGCUUUGGAUUCAACUCGGAGGGGCAUGUUGCCAUACUCGGACGGUUGAGAGACCGGAUCCGUCGCUGGCUGCUGCAUGAAUCGAAUGUAGCGGACAUGUCCAUCAGCAGCGGGAGUAGUCGACAGACAGUAGAGAAGCUGUUGGCGAGCCACCCUGACUCGGCACCUCGCCUCGUGGACGCUGCCGGCUUGCCGCGCAGUCUGCGCGAAGGGAAGCUUCUCUCCAUCAACCUUGGCAAGAACAAAAUCAGUGCUGAGCAGGACGUCUCUGAUUACGUGAAAGGCGUACAUAAACUCGGGCCAUACGCAGACAUGAUCGUCGUCAAUGUUUCGUCGCCGAACACCCCCGGGCUGAGGAGACUGCAGCGUCGCGGGGUGUUGCAGGACCUGCUCAAGCAGGUCGUCUUUGCUCGCGACGAGAUGCUUCAAAACACGGGUACCAAACUCCGAGACGGAAAGCCGGGCCUCACAACGCCAUUACUCGUUAAAAUUGCUCCAGAUCUGGACGAGGUGCAGCUACAAGAUGUCGCAGACGCAGUGAUGGAAAGCGGCGUGGAUGGCAUCAUCGUGUCGAACACUACGAUCCAGCGGCCAACAUCGCUCAUUUCGACGAAUCAUAUUCAUGAGGCCGGCGGGCUGUCCGGGCCGCCACUCAAGCCUCUAUCUCUCAAGGCGCUGACGGCCAUCCGCGAACGCGUUGGCUCUGAGCUGACAAUUAUCGGCUGCGGCGGCAUCUACACUGCACAGGAUGCGCUGGACUUUGCGAAAGCGGGUGCGAACGCUGUACAGCUGUACACGAGCUUUGGCUACGAAGGUGUCGGACACCCACGCAGGCUCAAGGACGAGCUGACCGCGCUGCUGAAGCAGGAAGGCAUGACGUGGAUGCAGGUCGUUGGCUCCGGCAUUGAUCUGAGCAACUUGGAGGAAACAAAGGGCAAGAACUACACGGAGUUGAAGGACCUGUACAGGCGCAACGUUGCCAGCAUCAAGUCCCAGAUGGAGGAUCUACGGCUGCAGCUGGGCGGAUCCGCCAAGACGAACAUCACCGCGCUGCCAUACUUUCAGCCCGACCCUGCGGACACGGAUUACGUGACCCUGCUCGAGCGCGUGCACGAAGUGCUCGGCUCUGAACCCGGCUGGGUCCAGGAUGACGCCCUGGGACGCGGAAGACGCAUGACGGCCGGCGAGGAGAUCGACGCCAUGCUCGACGAUGCGCUGCGGGAUCCAAAGAUGUCUGCCCACGCUGCCGUCUUGCCAUCAGGCGUCGUCGGUGAAGGCGAGGAAGCCAUCAGCGCAGCGCCCGAAUAUACUGGAAAAGGUUCGCUUGAGGCGAAGGUGACCACCAGAGUCGGGGUCAAGGAAAUGGCAACGAGCGCGUGGGAGUCGCUAGUCUCUUCGGCAUCGGGAUCCGGCGCCACUGCUGCCGCCCCCUCCGACGAGAGCAGGCGCACGUUGCUCGUUGGCAUGGAUGGCACCAGACCAGACUUUAAAGCGGCGGACAAGCUGCGUGUCGUGUAGGCAGAGCAGGAUGCUAAAUGAAAAUAUAUUUCACAUACGAUAGGAC